UUUCUUCCUGCCUCUCUCUCCUCUCUCUCUCUCUCUCUCUCUCUGAUCUGAUCCACCUUCUUCUUCGUCUUCGUCUUCGUCUUCUUCUCGCUUUCCAAAUCUACAGUCGAAGACAUCUCCCGUCUAUUCCAACGCAUACUACCUCCGUUCCCAGAUCGAUCCAAGGCCGGCCACCGGGAAGCAGAGAAAGCUUCUCAGACUCAGAUCGAUCACUAUAUAUAUAUAUAUAUAUAUAGAGAGAGAGAGAGAGAGAGCGAGCUAGCUAGAUUAGAAGCGAUUAAGAAGAUGAGUUCUGCGGCCAGUUUGUCGGCGCAAUUUGGAGACACCACUUACACCAAGGUGUUCGUCGGGGGCUUGGCUUGGGAGACUCGUAAGGACACCAUGAAAACCUACUUCGAGCAGUUCGGCGAGAUCCUGGAGGCCGUGGUCAUCACGGACAAGACCACUGGGAAAUCCAAGGGCUAUGGAUUUGUGACAUUUCGUGAACCUGAAGCCGCCAUGAGAGCUUGUGUCGAUGCUGCUCCAGUUAUUGAUGGGAGGAGGGCCAAUUGCAACCUUGCUUCUUUGGGUAUUCAAAGAUCUAAACCAUCUACUCCAAAACAUGGAGGAGGAGGCAGGAACUCGAGAGCAAUGAGCUCUUUCCAGACAGGAUAUGGAGGUGGUGGGGUGGGGACAGCUUUUUCUUCAGCACCAACCUUCCCUCAUUAUGCCAUCCAACAAGGCAUACCUUUUAAUGUUUAUGGGUACUCUCCAUACUCGCCCGACUACACCUAUCCUACGAGUUACUACAGCGUUUAUGGAGGCGGGGCAACUUGUCAAUAUCCACUUUAUGGAAUCUCUAGUACUAGUGGGAUGACGACGACAGCCUUGUAUCCAUAUAUGAACUCCGGAGAUUCCACCACCAGCUACGCCUCCGCCGCGGCAGGGCAGAACUACGGCCUCCAAUAUCCGCAUCACUUUUUCCAGGGGACUUACCCACAUCACUAUGCUGGUGCUCCAGUUUCUCUUGCUUCCAGUACUCCUCCAUUGCAAUCAGUUUGUUUUGUUUUGCCACAGGCGUGACCAUGGCUGUCCAUGCUCCAAUGCCGCAUAUUUAAUUAAAGGAUUCAUUCCAACGAUGGAUGUUUCAUACGUACGAACGGCUACUCCUUCUGAAGGGUUUGGAAAAACCUUUGGCCUAACCAUGCAUGGUUCUCUCUCUCUCUCUCUCUUUCUCUCUCUCUCUCUCAUGGAGGUCUAGGGUUCAUGCAUGUUUAUCAAUCAUUCCCACGCAUGGAAGCUCCCGCAUAGGGACUAAAAUGUUUGGAGUUUCAUAUUCCACUUUGCUUCUCUUUGAAGGAAGGGCUCCUACAAGAGAACCAAAGCAGUAUAAGUGCAAAUAUUCAUUUCCGACUCAUGCUCUAAGAAGAGCUAUGUUCAUCAGAAACCUCUUACUUCAAGCCUCGGAAAGGCUGAAGUACUAAAACACAACUGGAACUUGGCCCCCGGAAAAGGCCAAGCAAAAAUUCUCCCUACCGUGUUGUACUGAAGCAUAAAAAUGCAACAGUGCUGAUUUUAAGCCCCACAUCAACUCCACAAUUUUGGUCUUGAAACGGCUAAUUACUGCAACUUAAUUUAGGUCACCACCUUUAUAUAUAUAUAUAUGUAUGUAUGUAUGUAUAGAAGCAGCUUUAACAUAUCACGGGCUUGUAAAAACCCCGACUUUUUUUUGUUGAAAAAAGGCACAUCCCACAUCAUUUGUGUCUACCCAACAACCAUCUUCCCAUAGGGCGUAGGAGGAUUUAAGCUAGCCAGCUAGCUAGUUGGUGUUUUUUUCUGUAUAUUUUGUUGUGGUGGCUAAAACUAUGGCAAGUGUUAGUCCCCACCAUAAAUCGGAGCAGUUGUGUUAAUUUCUGGCACUAAAAUAUAUCUUUUACCAUAUUUUUCCACAAACCCUUUAAAGAGCUUCGCUGAUGGCAGCUGUGUAGCUCAAAUGCAUAUGACCCAAGGGGUGUAUUUUGGGAAUACUCUUGGGUUCAUCUCCCUUAACCCAUCAUCAACCAUGGUUAGAAGAUAGGCUAGUCAUCCUCAUCUCUCUCUCUCUCUCUCUCUCUCUCUGAGUUUUACUCUCGGAGAGAACUCAGCACUGGUUAUCAUGCCUGUGGUUUGGAUUGUAACUCAGUAUGCUGCUCAGAAGAAGACCGAAUCUUAAUCAGCAUUGAUUCAUGAGAAUGGAUACUGUUGUUUUUAUUUUGCUUAAUUAAUUAACUUGGAGACUUCUUAAUUUGCUGAUAGUUUGUUCAUGAUGGGACUAAUUUAUGCCCUUCCUAUUUGAAGAGGAACUAGUACUCUUUAUGGAUGAAGCUGCUAAUGCUUGAGCUACCAUAA